UAAGGGGGGGGGGGGGGGGGGGUCUACGGGCCGUGGAGAGUUCAGUACCUCUUCGUUGCCCACCGCCUCCCUCCGUUGACGCACACACACACACACACCCACACACACAUACACAUACAUACACACACACCCACACACACCCACACACACACACACACACACACACACACACACACCCUCCCCUUGCCCUCUCUGCACAGACCAACUGCCGCUCAAAUGGUUGGGCCCCUCUGGCCCCGGGAGAGAGGGGGAGAGAGAGAGAGAGAGAGAGAGGGCCAACCGACACCUUCCCACAUGCUCCUCGCCGCUGGCUCCACCGGCUGGAACACGAACCCCCUCCUCCCACCCCCCCCCACCCCACACACACACCCACCCGUUCUCCCCUCUCCACCCCAUCCACCCCCCCCCUCCACCCCCACCCCCACACUGUUGACGCGGCCCGUUUGCACAAUAAAAGUCGCAGCAGCGGAGGCGGCGGCGGCGGCGACAGCAGCCAGUAUCGCUGCACACGGGAGCGCGGGGUGCGAGGCGGCACGGCGGCGACCCAGAUUUCGGGGGCUGGUCAUGGUGUCCGGUGAGAAGGCGUGGGACCCCCUUCGCGCGGGCCCCCUUCGUGCACAUCUGAGCGAACAGCAUCUUCCUCCCGAUCUCCCGUCCCUCUGCGACCUCGCACACAUCGCAGCGCGCCAGGGCGCCGCCUGCCGCCAGUCGCGGCCGCAGCCACCGCCGCCUUCGCCGCCUUCCGUGCCGUCGGACCUGGCGGGCGUCGUCGACACGCUCUGCCCCCCCCACGCCAUCCCCCUACCCGGGCCGCGAGGGCCCCAGCCGGACCGCUCCUGCCCCGCCCGCCGUGGCUCCGGUGGGGCCCGGGGACCCGGCGGCGAGCUGAGGCUCGGAGUGGACCCCCAGCCCGCAGCGGGGGAGGGGGGCCCCCGCGCCGAGCGCCAGGGGAUGAAGGGUAAGGGCAAGCCGGGGGUCCGGGCGGAGGCCGCCGCGGAGGACCGCCUGGAGGACAUGGCCGACGGCCCCAAGAACGCCAAGAUCACCCUCAGCUUCCCGCUCAGCGCCGCCCCGCUGCCGCCCUCGCUGACCUCGCCGCACCCCCCCCGGCGCGGCUCCUCCUCGUCCUCGCCCUCGCCCCACCGGCGCCGGCCCUCCUCCGGCGCCAAGGGCUCGGACGCCGGCUCGCUGUGGAAACUGGACGCCACCAUGGACAUAAAGCACCGGCCGUUCAAGCCCCCGCGCCACGACAGCCCGCCGUCCUCCUCGCCCUUCGUCUCGGCCCCCCCCAUGGCCGUCGGCGCGUUCAUCAGAAAGGACACGAAGGACAUGAAGUCCCCCCCGCCGCUCAAGUGCUCCAAGGUGGUCAGCCCGGAGGCCCAGGGCAACCGCUUCCCCCACAGCCGGGCCCCCGGGGGGGCCGUCGCGGGCGGUUACGGGGUCGGCGACGGCUGGGAGGAGAGACACCCGCGGGGCACCAACGGGACGGUGUCCCCCUCCCCGACGGCCCAGAUCCUCUUCAACCUGGGCAACGCGGCGUUCCCGGGCCCCAGGGGCCGGGACGCGGAGAAGACCGCUGGGAAGCACGGCGCAGCCAAGCUGCAGGGCCCGCACGGCACCCCCAUCCUCCAGCCGCCCGUGCUCCACCUCCCCCCGCCACUCCCCCCUUCGGAGGCCGCCCCCCCGCACCCGUCCCCCCUCCCCCCCCCGGCAGCCGCCGCCGCCGCCGCCGGCGACAGCCUGAAGCCCGAGCUGAUCUGCGGCGUGUGCCACCGGCUCUUUAGCUCCGCCUCCUCGCUCACGGUGCACAUGCGGCUGCACCGCGGCAGCCGGCCGCUCAGCUGCCGCUUCUGCGGCAAAGCCUUCAUCCACAGCAAGAGACUGCAGUCCCACGAGGCCUCCUGCCGGACCCCCCCGCCCCCCGCCGCCGGAGCAGGCCCCGCCCCCUCCCUCCAUGUCCGGCCCAAGGAGGAGCCGCUGGAGGAAGGGGAGGUGAGGGUGGAGGGGGGCGUGGUGGUGGGCACGGACGGCGCCAUCGACAGCGGCAAAGCGCGGCCGGGGAAGAAGGCGCGGAGCCUGCUGGCGCGCAUCCAGGCGGACGACGCCGCCGCCGCCUCGGAGCUGCUGGCCGGGGACGAGCAGCACUUUGUGAAGGUGGUCGACGGCAACGUCAUCUACUUCUGCUCGGUGUGCGAGCGCUCCUACAUGACGCUGUCCAGCCUCAAGCGGCACUCCAACGUGCACUCGUGGCGGCGCAAGUACCCCUGCCACUUCUGCGAUAAGGUGUUCGCCCUGGCCGAGUACCGCACCAAGCACGAGGUGUGGCACACGGGCGAGCGCCGCUACCAGUGCAUCUUCUGCUGGGACGCCUUCGCCACCUACUACAACCUCAAGACGCACCAGAAGACCAUCCACGGCAUCAACCCCAGCCUCAUCUCCAGCGAGAAGACGGCCAACGGCGGCUACAAGCAGAAGGUCAACGCCCUGAAGCUCUACCGCCUCCUCCCCAUGCGCGCCCAGAAGCGGGCCUACAAAACCUACAACGACGGCGUGGCCGACGGCCUACUCCUGCCCCCGGCCGACGCCGCGUCCCAGGGCUGCGACGGAGCCCUGGGCCUGGAAGACCUCCAGGGUCUGAUCAGCGUGAAGCCUGACCCAGACGCCUUCCCCGACGCCUUCCCUGUUUCCAUGGGCCCCGAGCACGGCGACUACCCCGCGCUCUCGGCCCUCGCCGCUACAGACCUGCCCCUGGCGAGGAGACGUGACGCCGAGGCCCCGGACGUGGAGCACGGGGGGAGAUCCGGCGGCAUCUAUAAACUAUCGAGCAGCAGCAGAACCAAAACCCCCAAAGACGGUCGAGGCGGGGAAACGGGAAACGUGUCCUCGGUGAUCGCGUACGCCCCGACCAAACCCUCGGUGAUCGUGCACGGCGCCGGCAUGUCGUCCUCUGUUAUCGUGCACUGCAACCAGGUCACCCCCGGCAACGGCAGGGGCCCGCUCAGCGGCGGCAGCUCCUCCGCCGAGGGCGUCGACGGCGCGGCGACCCACAAAUCCAGGUCGAGCAAAAAGCAAAGAGAGAGAGAGCGAGAGAGCACGGAGCGGCACAGAAAGAGGUCUAGAGAUAGCUCCGACGCCACAGGGGAGGGGGGGUCCCGGGGCGGGCAGGACGCCGAGCACGGCGGCCGCUCCCACCACAAGUCACGCAAACUCCAAAGUAAGGGCGACGGCGGCUCCAACGCCGCCAAGCAUCUAGCGGCGGCGGCGGCGGGGGGCGGGCCGCUGUGUCAGAUCACCGUGCGCAUCGGCGAGGAGGCCAUCGUCAAGCGCAGCAUCUCCGAGACCGACCUCCGGCGGGACAAGAGCCGCUCCCCUCCAAAGACCAAGAAGGCCGAGGCGGCGGCGGCGGUCGCGGCCGCCGACGCCAAGGAGUCGCGCCAUCCGCACUCCCACUCCCACCACCACCACCACCACCACAAGCACCGGGCCCACGGCGACGCCAUCGCCGACCCGCGGAGCGAGCCGGAACCGGACGAGGAGGAGGAGGAGGAGGAGGAGGAGGAGGAGGCAGUGCGGGCGAAGGUCUCCAAGUCUCCCUCGGAGGUGAGGGAGUACUACUUCCGGCAGGAGGUGCGCGAGCAGGCGGACAGCGACAACGACGCGGAGGACGAUCUGUGGCGGCCGUACUACUCGUACAAGCCCAAGCGGAAGGCCCAGGCUCAUCUCCAGAGGGCGAAGAACUGGCAGAGGAGGCUGCAGUACAAACGCUCCCUGCGUCUCAUGAGGAGGGCAGAGAGGCUGAUGAGCCACGUCAGCAAAGAGACGGAGAAGUCACCGGGCGAGGAGGAGGAGGAGGAGGAGGAGGAGGAAGCUACAAUGGAGGAGCUGGGCCAAGAGGAGGUGGAGAGUGAUAGAGAGGAGGAGGCACCGGCGACGGAAAAAGUGUCAAACGGUGACGCAAAGAUGGAGGAGGAAAAGACAAAAGAGGAACUUUCUUUCCCUCCGCCAAAGCCAAAAGCCGGCAAAGUGCUGAAAGAACACUCGGAGGCGGCCCAACGCGUGGUCUCUCCUCCCCGCUCCCGGUUGCCUUCGCUCUCUACCUCAGCCCCUCCUCCCCUGGCGAUCAAGCGCCGGCCCUGGACCAAUGGCAACGCGGAGGAGUGCAGCACGUGCGGCCGCUGGUUCUCCAGCGCCCGGAAGCGGGACAAACACGAACUGAGUCACCUGCUAGAGUUCGUGUGCCUCUUCUGCCGAGCCACCUUCCCCUCCCGAGACAAGCUGGAGGACCACCAGAGGGCCCAGCACCCCCGGCCCGCCGACACGCCCUCCUCCCUGCCCCACAAAGCCGGCUUCAAAGACCAGGGGGAAGGGGGCGGGGGGAAGGCGGCGACAGAGAGGGAAGCCGAGACCAAAGAAGCGGGAGGGCUAGGUCCGUUGAUCAGGACCAACUCGACCGGCUCGGGUUGCCUGAGCCGGAGAGCCCUGGCCAGGCACACCUGUCCCCAGUGCCACACGGUGUGCAAGACCUCCUCGGCGCUGACGCGUCACGUGCGACGCCACGAGCUGAGCAGCUCCCCGGAGCGGGAGGAGACGGAGCCCAGAGCGGCCGCCGCCGCCACCGUGACGGUGACGGCGCCCACUGCGUCUGGCAGCACGGGGCCGCCCGCGGCUGAGAAGGAGCAGGUCCCCACCGCUCAGUCUGUCUCCGUCAUCAGCUACUCUCUACCGGACCCCAGCGUCAGCAGGGACUGUGCCGCGUCCCAGCGCUGCCAAGGCCCGUCGGAAAGCGAACAACAGACGUGCGACCCCACCGCAAGGGCCGACGGUUCGACGGAGCGCGAGCGGCCCGCUCCGAGGCGAGAACCAAGCCCGCUCGCGGCGAACCAAACGCCGUCGCGCCGCCUGGUUGGCCUCACGCCGCCCGGCGCGGAGCCCGGCCCAGCCGCCGCCGCCGCCUCCUCGGCCCUGCACAGCGUGCUGGUCAUGAACGGCUCCGAGUGCCUGGACUACCGCACCACCAAGAGGAGACCCCCGGAGGGCGCGGCGCACGGCACCCCCAGCCCGGCGCGCGUCACCACGCCCCCGGGCCCCUCCGCCGCGCGCUCGCCGGCGACGGCGCACCCGAGGACGACCGCGGCUGCCACUCCCCCUGUCGCCAUGCCGACCGCUCCCCCCCAUCCCACGGCGGCGGGAAUGCCGAAGCGGGAAGGGGUGAUCAUGGACCGGGAGAGGCAGGGAGCGGCGGGCGUGUUCCUGCACGGCGGCGGCUACGAGGAGCCGCCCUCGGUGCAAGACCUCCGCCUCCCCUACCGGGCCCCCAGGAGCCCCUCCCCCACCGAGGCACAGGACCUGACCAUGUCCUCCAUCCUGGCCAGGGAGAGGGAGAUGGAGCGGCAUCGGGAGAGGGAGGGCGAGGCGCAGAGGCAGCGAGCCAGGGAGCUGGAGAGACUGCGGGCCCGGGAGAUGCAGCGGGACGGCAACAGAGACCCCGCGAGGGGGAGCAGAGACGUGGAGACGGAGGGUCCGGCCCUGCUGGUCCCCAAAGAGGAGCCGCUGAGUCCGGCGCCGUCCCCCCAGCACACCCCCGCCCCCGCCACCGUCAACGUAGCCCCCUCGCCCAGACACGCCCCCAAAUCCCCCCGCCGGUCGCCGAACGCCGUCCGCCCGGGGUUCGCCCAGGGCAAGCGGCCGGCCCACCAGCCCUUACCCGGGGGGGGCGGGCCCCAGCUGCACACCUCGGGGGCCCCCGGGGGCAUGGCUGAGCGGCCCUCGGGCCACGCCCUGCUCCUCCAGCGGGCGCCCCCGCCGCCGGAGUACCAGGACGCGCCGCCGUCCCGGCAGGGGGAGGAGGAGCGCUCGCCGGCGGGCUACGCCGUGCAGGACCUGCCCCUGCCCCUCCUCAUGGCGGGGGGGUACCGCUCGGGGAAGAAGCAGCAGCAGCAGCAGGAGGAGGAGCUGCUCAUGGCGUCCUACCCGGCGGGGGCCCUUCCCUUCGGGCCCCUGGGGAAGGUGAUGGUUCCCGCCGGGGCGGACCUGACCAAGCUGCCCAGCUUCUACCAGGACCCCUACCAGCUGCUGUACAGCCCCCACAUGCUGGCCUACCCCUACAACCUGGCGGCGCUGCCCGUGGCCCUCAACAUGAUGGCCCCCGGCGGGGACAAGAUGGAGGCCAUGCCCUUCCUGCCCGCCAUCUUUAACUACGCCGCCGCCGCGCCCUACAUGGGCGCCGCCCAGCACCACCUCCUGGCCAACCCCGCCCUCUACGGCAGCGGGGGCGGAGGGGGUGGAGGUGGUGGUGGGGGUGGGGGUGGGGGUGGCGGAGGCGGAGGCAAGAAGCAGCGAGAAGGCGGAGCCGGCAAGUCUUAGGACGGGACAGAACGCUUCGUCUGAGGAAUAUACCUGAACAGGUGGAGGCGGAGGGUGGAGCUGGCAGCACUGCCCCUGAUCGCCUUGAUAGAGGGGCGACGGGAGGGUGGCGUCGUGGGGAGGGGUGGGGGGGGGGGGAUUACAGAACCCGCCCCCCGCCCCCCCCCCGUCCCCCCCCCCCGCCCGCUCCUCUAUUGUUGAGCAGACAUCAUUACGGGCCGUGAAAUCAGGAGGAGGAGAGGAGGGGAUGGAGCGGGGAAAAGAGACAAGAUGCUGUUCCACUGCGAGGACUCCGCCCUUAAAAGAGACCCGCCCCCCCCCCCCCCCCAUCCCCCACCCACUCCAUCUGUCCUCCUCGAUCGCCCCCCCUCCUCUGUUGGACUCUCCUCCUGUGGGACUCUAGUGCGCUGUAGUGAUAGAGCUUGAGUAGCCCUCCCCCCUACCAUCAUGAAUCUCCACAAUAUAAUCUAUACUAUAAGAAUAAGAACGUCUAACAAGGUGUAUAUUGUGUGUGCGUGUGUGUGUGUGUGGGGGGGGGGGGGGGGGGGGGGGGGGGUGGAAAUCUAUAUAAGUUCCCUAAACUUCCCUUUACGGCGACUGUACAGCGAGGAACAGCACUCUUCCGGGAUAGCUUGUGUAGGCAAUGAAGAGGUACCGGACCACAGAGUCCCGGCAAGACCAUCGCUGGUCGUAGAGCAGUUAGCAAAUACAACAUUGUACUCUUGUGUGUGUGUGCGUGCCGUGUGCAUGUGUGCGCGUGCGCGCGUGCGUGAGCCUACGCGUGUGUGUGUGUGUGUGUGUGUGUGUGUGUGGGUGUGCGAGUGAGUCCAAACUGUACGUGAAAAGUUUAUAUUUGCAAAAAGACGUGCAGUGCAGUGCAGUGUUUAGGCUUAGUGCAUGCUGAUGUGCGUUUCACGCUGGCAUCACUGUGCAAUGGUUGAGCGUUUCCGUUCUUCAGUACGUUUGCGUGUGUGUGCCUGUGUGUGCGUGCCUGUUCGCGUGUGUUUGUGUGUGUGUGUGUGUGUGUGAAGAGGAAUGUGCAUGAAUGGCCAGACUAUGCCAUGCUAAGCGCUAAUCAUUCCGCGUGGUCCCAAGGUUCCAUUACAUGCUGCAUUCCUGCGCGAGUCGGUUAGCCACGCUAGCUCUGCCGCUAGUCCGAGCGCCAUCGAGCAUCACAAGGGGGAUAGCGAUAGCCCCCCCCCCCCCCCCCCUCGUAUAGCCAGUGGUAUACAGGGAUGGAGGCUAGCCCCAGCGCGGGCAGAGAUGCAGCUUCUGCUCUUCCAGAGGCCUUGGACCGAGACGGCUAGCUGGAGUCCGUCGGACCGCUGUAGUACCCGCAUCGCCUUUCACCGUAGUCGUUUUAUAACCUUAACGUGCACAAUAGACUCUAGAGUAGAGACACAGUGGUCGCUGACGUGAGGGGGAGGGAAGGGGAGGGAGGGGAGGGAGGGGAGAGGGGGGGAGGGCACACUCGUAGCUGCUGAGGACAUGUAGCUGACCACUGGGUGAGAUUUCUUUGUUUUAGUUUUGGUGUUGUUUCUUUUAGUCAAGUAGGCCGUUGCACUUCCAGAUUUCAUCUCAAUUCAUUCACACACACAUCAAAAAAAUAAAUAAUCUGUGUAUAUCUAUAUAUAGAUUUUUAUAUCUAUAGAUGUAUAUACGAAAGGGACAAAAAAAGAAAACAAAAUCAAAUAGAAAACGGUUAAAAAAAUAAGAACCCCUCCACCCCCCCCCCACGUCUGAACACUUCCAGCGUCCGCCGUGAAGGGGGGAGGGACAGGAGGCCCAGGAGUUGGGAGGGGGGGAGCAGAGGAAGGGACUCGCUUACUGAGCAGGCGGAGGAGUGAGUCAGGGGAAAGGAGGCGGAGCCCCUGGUCAAUAACCCGCCCUGCCGGCCCUCCGCCCCCAUCCCACGCCACCACCCCCACCACCACUGUAAAAAAAAAACGACUGCACAAACCCUCUCUGUUUUCCUCCCCUCCUUCUGGACGGGGCUGGGGGGAGGUGGUGGGAGAGGAGAAGGAGGAGGAGGGCAGAUCGCUGGGGCCAUUUCCUUUAAUAUUUUUUUCAUUUUGUUGUUGUUCCUAACGUGAUCAGAAGGAGGACAGGAUGUUUUGGGGGGUGGGAGCGUCAUUCUGCAAAGAGCAAAAGCAAUGUGGGUCGAAAACGUUGCCGUAUUUUGAUUUAAUUUUUUUUCUGUUUUGUUUAUGUAACCGUAAUGUCUAUGGUUUCCUUGUUGUUAUUUUUUCGUUUGGUUCCUUUUUUUUGCUGUUCGGAAGUGACUUCACUGAAAGAAAGUGGCAGCAUGCGUGUGUGUGUGUGUGUGUGUGUGUGUGUGUGUGUGUGUGUGUGGGGGGGGGUCCUUACACUAUAUGAAUGUACAUGUCGUGACGCGGCCCAUGAAGUUCUGCCUCGUCACUCGUAGCUCGGAUACAGUCCAUUACGUUGGUGAUUCAUCAUUGUUGUCGUUUUUUGUUCGUUUUUAUUCGGUUAGUCGUUUCUUUGUUUUGUAUCUCCCGAACUAUAAGUAAGUAACCUGAUUCAGACUCGACGUAAGGUCUGGUAUGCAUAUAUAUACACACACAGUAGUCCCGUAGGAACAUUACCGUCAGACAUGGGAUUAGACGCACACAUGGAGCAUGGGAGACGUGUUCACUCCGCUGAAUAUCACGUUGUGCUCACAGCUUGACCCAUCCCUUUUAUUUUGUAUUAAUGGCUGUCCACUCACCUCCUUCUUUACUUUUUAUUCCUAUCGUUCAAUAUACUCGGACUCCCUUACUGAACUGUCACGUGCGUUUCACCGUCGGUGUAUCGCAGCUGUUCCAUCUUCCCGCUAUCGUAGGCCCAUACACACCACAGCAUCGCCGAAUGAUUUAUGCUAGCUUCUCUGUGUGUGUGUGCAUGCCUGUUUGUGUGCCAGUCUGUGUGUGUGUGUGUGUGUGUGUGCGUGUGUGUGUGUGUGUGUGUGUGUGUGUGUGUGUGUGUGUGUGUGUGUGUGUGUGUGUGUGUGUGUGUGUGUUUUUGACAGACCUGGGAGGCCCCGUUAGACAACAGCGUGUCCAACACACAGUGCGACCAGCCGCACAGGGCUUCCAUUUUUCCUUCGUUUGGGUGUGGUUCCAAGCGUGAGUCUGUGUGUGUGUGUGUGUGUGUGUGUGUGUGUGUGUGUGUGUGUGUGUGUGUGUGUGUGUGUGUGUGUGUGUGUGUGUGUGUGUGUGUGUGUGUGUGUGUGUGUGUGUGUGUGUGUGUGUGUGUGCAUGUCCGUGCGCGAACGCGCGCGUGUGUGUGUGUGUGUGCACACAUGGUUGGAUGAAUCUACGUGAAUAAGAAACCAAAAGAACCUGCCUAAGCAGCUCAUCGCCCCGGGGGCAGUAUCCUGUUAUUAUUUUGGGUUUGUUUUGAUCUUCCUGUAUAAAAGAAGCUGUGGGCGCGUGUAACUCUCUCUAGGCCGUCUCUCCUAACUGCAGUACCCAAAGCCAUUCCUGUAGGUGGACAUGCUAGUGUUUCUCGGACCAUUUCUUAUGCCAUAGUUUUUCCCGUCGUCAUUCACGGUUGUCAUACAGACCAAAAGCAUGCAAAAAUCGACGUAUCGUAGUAAACGGGCUGGAAUCUGGUGGUAAUAUACAACUAUUUACUGUAUGUUUUAGUUUAAAUGAAUGUGCCUCUGCUUUGAUAUUUAAAAUGAUCAUUAUCUAUAUUGAGAUGUGGAUCUGCCAGAUUUCUACUGUUAAGGUGCCUUGUUAUGGCAUAAGAAAUUUCAAAAAGAAGAACGCGAAUGGACGAUGUGUGUCGUCAUGGCGACGCUGGGAAUCUAGAGAGGAAGAAAUCUCAUGUCUUAGUUUGCUACGGAGCAGGUCAUAGACGUAUAGGGGUAUGGCUACACUGUUUGGUAUUGUGUACAUGUUUAGGGUAAUACUGUGCCAUAUAGGCCUAGUGCCCACACAAAUAUGUUAAUGUUAUUUUUAAAGGACGUUUUAAUGUUGCCUGAUGACUUUGUCUUUAGAUUUGAUACAAAGGCUUGUAGCCAUGGCUCUCCCAAAGUCUGUCGUCUUUCUAUCUCUUUCUCGCUCUCUUUUUCUGGCAUUAUUCUCUCUCUCUCUCUCUCUCUCUCUCUCUCUCUCUCUCGCGCUCUCUAUCUCUCUCUUCUCUCGUUUUGGUCUCCCCUUGUUUCUCUUUGCUGCAAUCAAACAAAAUAAAGUAUUAACCUGAUGACCCAACCGAA